AUGAGGGUAUCUUUAAAUUUAUUAGUAUUUUUUCUUUCUUUUUUGACAAUAGAAAUUGAAAGUAUUGAUUUCGAUCCCGCGAAAGCUAUUGAUCUUUUAAAUGAUUUGAUAGAACAUCCAAGAGAAGUAAUCGACCAAUUGGUAAGAACUUUUUUCGAAAAAUUCUGAAUAUUUUUGAUUUUCUUAGCAACAAUAUAAAAUCAGUGAUCUAAUCGGAGCUCUUGGUUUUCAUUCAAAUGCAAAUUUUACAAUCUCAAAACAAUGUCACGAUGAACUCACAUUUUUGGGUUACGGUAUGAUUGAUUCUGCUCAACAUGUUCAUCAUGGAUCAUUUGAAAAUCGAACAAGAUUUAUGACAGCUGAAGAAAGACAAUACUAUUUGAUUCCAAUGAUGGAUUCAGCUGGAAAAGUUGGGUCAGGAAUAUCAAGAGGACAUAUAACAGCUUCAGGACAAUUUAGACAAUGUAAAAAUGUUCGAAUUUAUUCGACAACAUUGAAUCGAACAUUACGAGGUGAUUAUUAUCGAGUAUUAUUUGAUUUGAAAAUGAGAGCAAAUUCUGCAAAUGGAAGUUGUCAAGUUCCACAAAUUGGACUUGAUUUAUGUUUACCAUAUGUUUGUAAAAAUGAUAAUUUGACGGAUUAUUUCAGAGAAGGUGGUUUUAUUGGGUUUUCUUGUCAAAAUAAUGACACAAAAAAUUUAGCUUUGGGUUCUUCAAUCGAAAAAUCGCCUGUUUGCAGUGUGAUUAAUGUAAAUCAAAGAGUUCCAAAACCAAAUAUUUAUACAUUUUUUGUAUCUGGUGUUCUCAUCUCAAUUGUUAUUCUAUGUAUUAUCGCAGGUUUUGUCGAUUAUUUUCAUGCUCGAAAAUUCGCAAAAUCUGAAUACAAAAGAAUCGAUGAUAAUUCGAGUACUCUUUGGAAAAUGUUCAUGUCUUUUUCUUUGUAUCGGAAUGUCAAAAAUAUUUUCCGAAUCAAAAAUUGUAACAGAAGUGGACAAGUAACAAGUUUGAAUUGUAUUCGAACAAUUUCGACUGUUUGGGUUAUUUUUGGACAUUGUUCUGCGAUUAUGGUACUAGUUUGUAGUAAGUGGAAAUUCUGAAAAUGGGAAUGAAAAUAAUUCGGAAACUUUUCAGCAAAUCCAAUGGAUCUUAUUGAUUAUACAAAAACCUAUAUAGGAUUAUUCAUGGCCAAUGCAUAUUAUGCUGUUGACACAUUUUUCUUUAUAUCUGCAUUUUUGCUAACAUUUUUGUGGUUCAAAGUUAGUGGUUUGGAACUUUUCAUUUCGAAAAAAAGAAGUUAAAAAAAAUAUAAAGCUCAUCAAAAAAGUUAGAUGACUUUCACUAAAAGUACCACGAAACAUUUUCUAAAAAAUGUGUUGAGAAAAAUAUUUUCAAAUUUUUAGGAACUCAAAAAACGUCGUGCAGCGGUAAUGUCUCCAAUGGGUUGGAUAAUGUUUUAUGUUCAUCGAAUUCUUCGCCUAACUCCAGUUUAUUAUAUAACUAUUUUCUUUUUCACAUUUGUCUUCACUCGACUUCUACGUGAUGCUCCAGUUUAUAUGUCACCCGCAGUUCAAGAUGACACUUGUGAAAGGAAUUUUUGGCUUAAUUUAUUAUACAUUGAUAAUAUUAUUGACUCAAAACAUAUUGUAAGUUUUGGAGAAAAAAAAAUGAUAUUUUGAAAAAAACAUUGUUGCAGUGUUAUGUGAUUUCUUGGUAUCUGGCAACAGAUAUUCAAAUAUAUUGUCUAACUCCAUUACUUCUUCUUCCAUUUGCUUUGGGAGGAAAAAUCGCCGGUUUAAUUGCUUGUGCAACCGUAUUUCUUGGUUCAACUGCUUAUAAUACUUAUCAAAUGUUAGUUUGGCAUUUUCCACCAACUCAAUUUCAAUUCGGACCAAAAGAUCCGAGAUAUAAUCCGGAUGAAAGAAGAUAUGAUCAAUGGAAUUAUUAUAAUCCACUUAAUUCGAUGUCAAAUUUAUAUUAUGGGAAUGGUUUUGGGUUAUUUUAUGCAGCAGACCGAAAAAGUUAAAAUAAAUAAGGUAUUUACUGUAAUUUUGGGGUUGAAAACAAUGUUUUGGAUAUAAUUUUUCUAGGCAAAUAUUUUGAAUCUUCGAAAGGCCACAGUAAUUUCGACAUGAAAAAAUUGUUAUUUUUUUUUUAAUUUUGAAAAAAAAUUUAUGAAAUUUUUCAGUGGCUGGACCGUGUGAUGUGGAUUUUAUCCUUAAUUUUGAUGGUAUUUGUGAUCCUCUCUUUGAAAACUUAUACAGAUGGAAAUCUAUGGACUCCUAUCGAAAAUGCAGUUUAUAGUUCUUUAGGACGAAUUUUAUGGGGAUUAUCAUUGAGUUGGAUUAUAUUUUCAACUUAUUAUCGAAAAGGAAUGAUCAAUGAUUUCAUGUCUCUUCCAAUUUGGACACCUUUGGCAAGAAUGAGUUUUUGUGCUUAUUUGAUUCAUAUUAUGGUUUGUGGAUACUUUUUUGGUAAAAAUUAUUCCGAAAUGUAUUUUUCAUCGCAAUUCGUGAGUUUUUCAGAAAAUUACUAACUUGAAAAAAAUCUCAAUUUUUUCAGUUUUUGGAAGCAGUUAUUCCUGUAACAGUUUUAUCAUUUGUUAUUGCAAUAUUUUGGUCGAGUUUCUUUGAAAUUCCAUUUGCCAAACUGGAAAUGCUUUUAUUUGGUGGUUCUUCGCGAAGAAAGCGAACUCCUAUUGCACCAUCGACAAUGAUAAAUGAAAUACAAGGAAUCCAUAAAAUACCAGUCAAUAUUCCUGAAGAUAUACUUCAGAAACCUUUGAGAUUCUAA